CCGCACCCUGUCCCCACGUGAAUACUUGCGUAUCCUACCUGUGUUAGCUAAAACAGAUUUAGCCCACUGAAAGAAUCCUUCAGUUUUUUUUCUGGCGUGUCUUUUGUAUUCAUGCCUGUAUGCACUGAUUUCCACUUGUUUUUUUUACUAUCCUGAGGUGGUCUUGGCCUACUCUUUAUCUUUUUUUCCUGUGGAUAGACUUUAGUAACUGCUAUUUAGAAUUCGCGUGUCGGGAUUUUAUUUAUUUAUUUAUUUGUUUAUUUAUUUAUUUUAGUUUAACAGUUAUUUAGAAAUUACAUACUGAGCAGUAGGAACACAAUUUUGUCAUUUGACUUAUUGACGGAACAGUUUGGUGUCGGACAUAAUUGGUCCAGCGUCUAUUAUCGUCCUCUGGUAGAAGAGGAGUAGUAAGCAACUAUGAAAUCAUCAUGACGACGCGUAAAGAAUAAGAAUAUUUUAUUUAAAGUAUUGAUUUCUGUGAGAUCAGAAUUUUAUAAUGCAGUCGCGGGUUCUUUACGGAGGCACAGCAGCUGCUGUUGCAGCGAGAAGAAUUAGGAAUAUUUUAGGAUCUGUUUUGGGAAAAGGUGGCUGGACGUGUAGAACACAUGAGGUCAAACUUUUGAACACUUCUUCAGGCGACACUGUAAAAAUAGGGGAACUCUCAUUCCGGCUGAAAGCCCCUCGGAACCCGGAGCUCGUGCCCGUGAAGCACAUGACGGGCUCCAUGCCGCAGACGGUGGCCCAGCACCUGCGCUGGAUCAUGCAGAAGGACCUGCUGGGGCAGGAUGUCUUCCUCAUCGGCCCCCCCGGCCCCCUCCGCCGCUCCAUCGCCAUGCAGUACCUGGAGCUGACGAAGCGGGAGGUGGAGUACGUGGCGCUGUCGCGCGACACCACGGAAACGGACCUGAAGCAGCGGCGGGAGAUCCGGGCCGGGACCGCCUUCUACAUCGACCAGUGCGCCGUUCGGGCCGCCACGCAGGGCCGGAUCCUGGUUCUGGAGGGGCUGGAGAAGGCCGAGCGGAAUGUCCUGCCAGUUCUGAACAACCUGCUGGAGAACCGAGAGAUGCAGCUGGAGGACGGGCGGUUCCUCACGUCUGCCCAGCGCUACGACAAGCUGCUGGAGGAGCACACUAAAGAGGAGCUGGAUGCGUGGAAGAUCGUGCGGGUGAGCGAGGACUUCCGGGUCAUUGCUCUGGGGCUGCCGGUCCCCCGAUACACGGGGAACCCCCUGGACCCCCCUCUGCGCUCCCGAUUCCAGGCCAGGGACGUGCACUACCUACCUUUUAAGGAUCAGCUGGAGGUUCUGUACAGCAUUGGGCCGAACGUGGAGCCUCAGAGGGUGUCUCAGCUCCUGUCCUUUGGCACCACCCUCUGCUCCCAGGAGUCCUCCAGCCUGGGGAUGCCGGAUUUUCCCCUGGACAAUCUGCCGGCGGCCCUGAGGGUUCUGGACCUGUUCCCCAUGAGAUCGUCCCAGGAGCUGGUCCAGACCGUGUACCCCUAUGAGGCCAUGCUGGGCAAGGAGGGCCGUACGGCUGUGGAGAACACGCUGAAGCGGUUCGAGCUCCUGGAUUCUGGGCGGCAGCCGGCCGCUGUCGCGGUCUCUAAGGUGGAACCCGCCCCCGGAGACCAGCCGGACCGGGCCGCAGUCACCGUGCGCGUCAAUGACCAGGACGUCGCCUUCGAGGUCCCAGCUGGAACUCGACCCCCCGCCCCCCCCGGCAGCAGCCCUGGGUUCGUCAGCACCCCCACCCACACCCGCCUACUGGCUGAGAUGAUGCAGUCCCACCUGGUCAAAGACCUGUGUUUGAUUGGCCCAAAGGGUUGUGGCAAGUCUGUGAUCGCCAGAGAAUUUGCGGAGAUGCUGGGGUAUAUCACUGAGCCCAUAAUGCUGUAUCAGGACAUGACGGCGCGGGACCUGCUGCAGCAGAGGUACACCCUCCCAAACGGGGACACGGCCUGGAGGGCCUCCCCCCUGGUCAGCGCCGCUCGGGACGGCAGGCUGGUCCUGCUGGACGGAAUCCACCGGGUCAACCUGGGCACCCUGGCCGUGCUGUCCAGGUUGAUCCAUGACAGGGAGCUGUCUCUCUAUGACGGGACCCGACUGCUGAGGUCAGACCGAUACCAGGCCCUGAAAGAGGAGCUGCAGCUGACUGAUCAGGAGCUGCAGGAGAGGUCCAUCUUCCCGGUGCACCCGUCCUUCCGCAUGGUGGCGCUGGCGGAGCCCCCGGUGGUGGGGGGCGGGGCGCAGCAGUGGCUCGGCCCCGAGCUGCUCACCAUGUUCCUGUUCCACACCGUCCGGCCACUGAGCCGCGCCGAGGAGACCGCCAUCAUCCGCACCACGACGCCGAAUGUUCCGAUGGAAGCAGUGGAGCAGCUGCUGCAGUUAACCCACAGACUGAGAGACACCAACGACCCAACGGCGCAGUCUCUGGCCUCCUCUCUGUCCACCAGGCAGCUGCUGAGAAUCUGCCGCCGUCUGUCUCAGUACCCCGAGGAGAGCGUGUCUCACGCCGUCCACAAAGCCUGCCUCUCCAGGUUCUUGCCCAGUCUGGCCCGGGCUGCUCUGCAGAAGAACCUGGCGAACUGCUCCAUCCAGGACACAGUGGACCCAGCAGAGCUGCAGGAGAGAGACCUCAGCUGCCGUGUUGAAGAUGGGAUCCUGAAGAUCGGAAAGGUCUCGGCUCCCCUCUACAGUCCCGAGGAGAAGAUGAAGGUCCCAGACGUUCUGUUUUAUGAGAACACUCAGCACAUGCUGCUGAUGGAGGACAUUCUGAAAGACUUCCUGCUGGGGGAACAUCUGCUGCUGGUGGGGAACCAGGGUGUGGGGAAGAACAAGAUUGCUGAUAGGUUCCUGCAUCUCCUGAACAGGCCUAGAGAGUACCUUCAGCUCCAUCGGGACACCACGGUCCAGACCCUGACCCUGCAGCCCUCUGUGCGCGACGGUGUCAUCGUGUACGAAGACUCUCCCCUGGUGAAGGCGGUGAAGUUGGGCCACGUGCUGGUGAUCGACGAGGCGGACAAGGCCCCCACCAACGUCACCUGCAUCCUGAAGACGCUGGUGGAGAGCGGAGAGAUGAUCCUCUCGGACGGGAGGCGCAUCGUUUCCGACCCUGCGGAGCCGGCGGGGAGACCCCACAUCAUUCCCAUGCACCCCCACUUCAGGAUGCUGGUGCUGGCCAACCGGCCCGGCUUCCCCUUCCUGGGAAACGACUUCUUUGGGGCUCUAGGGGACAUCUUCAGCUGCCACGCGGUGGAUAACCCCAAACCGCAGGCAGAGCUGGCCAUGCUGAAGCAGUACGGGCCGGACGUCCCAGACGCCCUGCUGGACCGGCUGGUGGCCGCGUUUGGGGAACUGCGCAACAUGGCCGACCAGGGCACCAUCACCUACCCCUACUCCACCCGCGAGGUGGUCAACAUCGUCAAGCACCUGCAGAAAUUUCCGGAGGAGGGGCUGGCCAACGUGGUGCGGAACGUCUUCGAUUUCGACUCGUACAACAAGGACACGCGCGAGAUCCUGAUGGCCGCGCUGCACAAGCAUGGCAUUCCCAUCGGGGCCAAGCCCAGCAGCGUCCACCUGGCCAAGGAACUGGCCUUGCCAGAGUGCCGGAUGACGGGCUACUGGACGAUGAACCAGGCCGGCAACGCCAGGCGCAAGCUUCUGUGUCCGACCGAGUCGCACCGAAUCGAUAUCAAGGGUCCCGUGUUCCUGCGGGUCCAGGCGUAUCCCGUCGAGAGACACGAAUCCAGAGCCAUGAGCUUCACCGAGGAGCAGGCCCACUGGCAGAUCCCCAUGAACGAGGUCAACAUCGUCUGCGACGUCGCCACGGCCAAAGACGCCGUCUACGUGGCGACCUGUAACCCGGUGUGCCUGUACGCCAUGCGGGAGCGCGGGAACGCCGUGCGAUGCAUGGAGCUGUACGACGUCUUCCCCCGCACCAUCAGCGGCGUCUGGCAGCCCUUCGUCACCGUGGCCACGCUCGGGCACCCGCUCGACGACCAGGUGGUGCUGCACGAGGAGCAGAGUAACUCUGUCCUGCACCUGGACCUGGUGACUGGGGCGGUGCGGCGGCUCCUGCUGUCCCCUGAAAAGGAGGAGUCUCCCCCCCGGAAGAGCUCCAGCUGGUGGAACAGCAAGGAGAGCCAGGGGAGUUUCAAAAUGUGCCGGGAAUUCGCCCACAAGAACUGGCUCCUGUUCUACAAAGAAGAAGGUAACCAGCUGGACGUACUGGAUGUUCUGGAAGGCCACACCCACACCAUCUCUCUCCCCAUCAACCUGAAGGCUGUCUUCCUGGUCGCGGAGGAUCGCUGGCUGCUGGUCGAGAGCAAGACCGACAAGAAGUACCUGCUGACCAAGCCGAUGCACAUGGGGGCGGAGGACUCUGGCGUGUGCCAGCUGCACGCCAUCAGUGAAGACGCGGUCAGCACCGGCUUCGGCAUGACGUCAGGCGUGGACGCGUCCGUCCCGCAGGAAGUGUCCAGCGAGCAGCUGUCCUCUGAGAACCUGAGCGCUGCUCUGGGGCAGAAGAUCGUUUCGCCCAAUCGCGUGCUGUCUGACCCCAGCACCUUUGCCUCGCUGGUGGUGGGAUUCCCUGACCUCAUGUCGCCCAACGAGGUGUACAGCUUUAAGAGGACAGCGCUCCUCAGUGGCGGGAAGGGGAGCGACGUGUUUUAUGGCGGAAGGCAUCGCGCGGGGCCCCCCAAGAGGGUCAACUGUGUGAGUCUCCUGGGAGCCAAUCAGAUCGUCCGAGCCCUGCCACCCGGAGACGUGCCACUCACUGACAUCUACCCCAAAGACGUGACUCCCCCGAUGACAGCGGCCUACCUGGAGGUGACGGACCUCGGCUCGAAGAAGGUCAAAUACAUUCCCGUCCCGAGGUCCAUGACUGUCUCCCCGUACACUAGCUGGCUGUCCAAGGUGUCGGACACGAACGUUGUUGUGGCAGCAAUGGGCAGCGGAGGGGUGGUGACGGUGGACAUGGGCGGCUAUGUGCGGCUGUGGGAGACGGGCCUGGACAGCCUGCAGCGCUCCCUGCUGGAGUGGAGGAACAUGAUCGGUGCAGAGGACGGGCGGCCGGUGCAGAUCACGAUCGAGCGGGAUAGCGGUCUGGACGUGAGCUCCCCGAAACACGGCCAGAUGGACCCCAGUAACGCGCCCCACGUCGGGGGUAACCAGUGGGCCGGGGGCACAGGGGGCAGAGACACGGCGGGGCUCGGGGGCCGGGGCGGCCCGUACCGCCUGGACGCGGGGCACACGGUGCACCAGGUGUCCCAGGCCGAGAAGGACGCUGUGCCUGAGGAGGUGCGGCGGGCGGCCCGGGACAUGGCGGAGAAGGCCUUCAAAGAGAGGCUGAAGGAGAUCCAGAUGAGUCAGUACGACGCUGCCACGUAUGAGCGAUUCUCUGGAGCCGUCCGGCGGCAGGUGCAGUCCCUGCGCAUCAUCCUGGACAGCCUGCAGGCUAAAGGGAAGGAGAGGCAGUGGCUGAAGAACCAGGCCCUGGGGGAGCUGGACGACGCCAAGAUCAUCGACGGCCUGACCGGGGAAAAAGCCAUAUACAAGCGCCGGGGCGAGCUGGAGCCAGAGCUGGGCACUCCGCAGCAGAAGCCCAAGCGGCUGAGGCUGCUGGUGGACGUUUCGGGGAGCAUGUAUCGCUUCAACGGGGUGGACGGGCGCCUGGAGCGCUCCAUGGAGGCCGUGUGCAUGGUGAUGGAGGCGCUGGAGAACUACGAGCACAAGUUCAAGUAUGACAUCACCGGUCACUCUGGAGACGGCUUCGACAUCGAGCUCGUCCGGACCGACGGGGUCCCCAAAAACAACAAGCAGAGGCUGAAGGUGCUAAAGACCAUGCACGCCCAUUCGCAGUUCUGCAUGAGCGGGGACUACACGCUGGAGGGGACGGAGCACGCCAUCCAGGUGCUGUCCCGCGAGGAAGCAGACGAGCACUUCGUCAUCGUCCUGAGCGACGCCAACCUGGAGCGCUACGGAAUCAGCCCGGACCGCUUCGCCCGCGCGCUCACCUGCAACGAGCAGGUCAACGCCUUCGCCAUCUUCAUCGGCUCGCUCGGCGACCAGGCCGAAAGGCUCCAGAAAACCUUGCCGGCUGGACGUUCUUUUGUCGCCAUGGACACCAAGCAGAUCCCACAAAUCCUGCAGCAGAUCUUCACUUCUACCAUGCUGUCCAGUGCCUGAGCGGGCUUGACCAAUCACACGCCGUCUCUGAAAUCCAACGGAAACUUGUGAUGUUUUGAACUGGAGUGGUUUAACUGACAAUCCCUUAGCUUUGUGGGAGACUUUUCAAGCCACAGCGUGUAUUUAUUACUGGAUUAAGCCGUUAGUUUGUUUUGACAUUUCCCUCCCUUUAAUGAUCGCUCAAUGUCCUGCUGGAUGCCCCCCCCCCCCCCCCUCGUCCUGUCAGCCCAGUCAGUUCUCUGGGUCUGUUUUAGUGAGUCCCUCUCUGAGUUCUGCUCCGGGACAGUUUGUGUGUCCGUGUGAGUUCUGCUGAGAGGGAAGGACUGAGCGCGCUCAUCAGAUCAGAGGGCGGGAUCUUCAGCUGUCACUCAUCCGUGUUCAGAGCAGAUCCACUACAGACAGUCUUCCACCCUCAUGUGUGUCCACUGCACAGGUCCAUUCCAGGAGGGGUCUGCUGGUUCUGCUGGUUUUGGUCCCAAACUGAUGUCCUGGCUGAAUAUCAGCUGCGGGGUGCAGUGUGUCCUGCGCAGAACUGCGCAGUAAAACGGUUUCUCUGCGGAUGCAUGUGCAGUCUGCAGCUGUGACCCUCACACUCGUUACUGGGCUGAUUACAUAAUGAGGUGUAGACGCAGGGUGUCCUGGUACAGACUGGCCUUCGCUGUGCACUCCUGCUAUAAUAUCUUUAUCAAAUCAGUAGCAUUACGUCACGUUUGGGCUCAGUCCUCAAGAAAUGUAACUAAUACUUUGAAUGUAUUAUAUGUUAGGAGAUGUGCACUUUUAUUAAUGUUUUAUUAACAUUUUUAUUCUGUGCAUACUGUAUAAUUCAUCUGUGGAAACUCAAGUCAUCGCUUGCAUGAAUUGUCACAAGUGAUCCGAAUCAUUGUUGCUAGGAGCAAAGUAAAUUCCCAUCUCUAAUGAAGUAAACUUUCUCAGG